GCCUCAUGCCUGGGACUGUAGCCCAAGGACAAGGAGAUCCAUAAAGCCAGGCCCAUCUCAGCCUCACACCUGCCACAAUGCUGCUGCUCAGUCUGACCCUUACCCUGACCCUGCUCGGCUCCUCAUGGGGCUGUGGCAUUCCUGCCAUCAGACCGGCACUGAACUUCAACCAGAGAAUUGUCAACGGGGAGAAUGCAGUGCCAGGCUCCUGGCCCUGGCAGGUGUCCCUGCAGGAUAAGAACGGCUUCCACUUCUGCGGUGGUUCCCUCAUCAGCCCGUCCUGGGUGGUCACUGCUGCCCACUGCAAUGUCAGCCCUGGCCGUCAUGUUGUUGUCCUGGGCGAGUACGACCGAUCAUCCAACUCUGAGCCUUUGCAAGUUAUGUCCAUCUCGCGGGCCAUCACACAUCCAUAUUGGAACCCCACCACCUUCAACAAUGACGUGACACUACUGAAGCUUGCCUCCCCAGCCAAGUACACAGCACGCAUCUCACCAGUUUGCCUGGCUUCCCCAAAUGAGGUGUUGCCUACAGGCAUCACGUGUGUUACCACUGGCUGGGGCCGCCUCAGUGGCACAGGCAAUGUGACCCCAGCACGCCUGCAGCAGGUGGCCUUGCCGCUGGUCACUGUGAGACAGUGCCAGCAGUAUUGGGGCUCACGUAUCACCGACUCCAUGAUCUGUGCAGGUGGCUCAGGGGCCUCCUCAUGUCAGGGUGACUCCGGAGGCCCUCUUGUCUGCCAGAAGGGGAACACAUGGGUGCUUACAGGCAUUGUCUCCUGGGGCACCAGCAACUGCAAUGUGCGCGCACCUGCCAUGUACACUCGGGUGAGCAAGUUCAGCACCUGGAUCAACCAGGUCACAGCCCAAAACUGAGCCUACCCACAGGCCACUUCCCUUUAAUCCAAUAAAGACCCCAAACUCUG